AGAUCGCGUAUAUAAAGGGGGACUAGAGAACAAGAGAAAGAAAAAGAGCUGCUUUUUAUCCUUUUUCUGUCACAUUCUUUUUAAAAAUGCGUUUUGAUUUCCUUUCUACCGUUAUCGUCUUUUUGGCUUUAUUCGCCACUGCUUUUGCCGCACAUGGCGAUAAUGUAAGCUCUUCCCAAGUAGCUGCUCCUUCUACUACAAGCUCUGCUCAAGCAGCUGCUACAGCUACCACCGGAUCCGGACAUGGUGGUGCUACUGCAACGACUACUACUACUACUGUCAAGAAAACUGUUGGUAACUUUGAUAGUCCUCCAGUUCUGAUGGACGGUACCCUGUUCUGGAUUAGUCUUGGUAUUUCUUGUGGUCUCUGGACGACUGGCAAGUUUAUCGAUGUCAAAAUUCAACGUCAAGAAAGAUAUGCAGAAAGCAGAGUACAUGCUCUUUAAGAAAUAACUUUUAGCAGUGUGCUGUAUCCAAGAUACCUCUUUCCAUCCAUAACUAUCAUGACUAUUACUACUAUUACCAUCAUUAAUUGUAUAUAUUCCCCAUAUCUCCUAUUAAUUAAUAAAAAGGACUGUGUCCAAGCUUACUAUCCAUGUGCCUCAUGUGCUCCUCGUACUUUUCAUGUAUGCUUCAUCCCCGGAGCGUAAAGUUAGAUCUCAUAGAAAUCGACGCUGUGCUCUUUUCAAGAGUAAAUGUACCCACGCCGUAAGAUUGGAUGCAAUACUACCAGGGCAUUUAUCGGCUGAAUAGGGCACAGUUGGUAAUGAAUCGUAACACUGGGUGGCCUUUCUCUCUUAAAUUACAACGUCAAUGAUUUCUAUAAAGCUUGGAAAAAAAGUGCCAUAUAUAAAAA